UCAGAGCUUUCGUCUGCAUAUUGUCACAUGUUCACUCUUUCUCUCACAUGACCAACUUGUUUGGCCCCGUGACUUGCGUUAGAAAUCCUGAUUCGUUUUUGCUUUCCCACACGUUUCAACCACAUGGAUGUACUUGAUCAGACACUAGACCAAGGACCACAAGACAAGGAUAAAGAUUUAGAAGAGGAGGUUACAGUACAUCUAACAGCAGAUGGAGAUCAGGUUGUCCAGGACCCCAGCGGAGAGGGGCCGUUUGCAGAGAACAUCCAGUAUCAGUUCCGAACGGAUAGCAACGGUCAGAGCCAGGUAACAUAUCGUGUGGUACAGGUCGGCGACAACGAAACCAACCCACAGGCUGUCGUGACAACGUUUCCCCAGGGACAACAAGCGCUAACACAGGUCAUCCAGGGGUCAUUCAACGGGGAGAGUCCGACCAGUGAGAGCCAGGGCGGAGAGACAAGAUUCACCUACUUCCCAGCCUCCGCAGCCAUCCCUGGCGAUGGCGCGGGGCCGGCUAGCGGAGGGGAACAACAACCAGGGAUCACACAGCCAUCUGGUGCUGCUGGCGGCCAGUUUUAUGUAAUGAUGUCACCCCAAGACGUACUGCAAGGCGCUUCACAGAGAACCAUCGCUCCGAGGACACACCAGUUCAAUACGAAGAUCGACAAUUCGAGAACGGUUCGUGAUGAGAGACGGAGGGCGACCCAUAACGAGGUCGAGAGGAGAAGAAGAGAUAAGAUUAAUAAUUGGAUCGUCAAGUUAUCUAAGAUCAUCCCGGACUGCAACAUUGACCAUUCCAAACAGGGACAGGUUAGUAGUCAAGAGAGUAAAGGCGGGAUCUUGUCCAAGACGUGCGACUACAUCCAUGACCUCCGCAAUUCCAACACCCGCAUGGCGGAAAGCCUCAAGGAUUCGGAAAGGCUCACCGUCGACAUAGACCUCAUGAGACAGCAGCUCGAAGAACUCAAAGGAGAGAACGCGCUCUUGAGGGCACAGUUACAACAAGCGGGAAUCGAUCCGGCGGGAAAUUCAAAUUGAAAUUAUUUUUUUUUGCCCGCCAUUUUGGGUUUUUUCCGUCAUUUUUGAGAUUUUCCAAGUCAGGACAUGUUUGUAUAUUGGAGACCAUUUGAGACUCAUCCCUUUGUUAUUUUUGUAUUCCUAAGCCAUAGAGUAGGCUUCAUGAGUUGCAUGUUUUAUUUUGGGUUGGUGUAUCCAAGAUUAUCGAUCGAAGCGUAAACUGGAGACUUUCAGCACCAUAAAUAAAGCCAGGGUAAUAAUCGGGGAAGCGCCAGGAUCGUCACAAUGUGGCGGACAUGUGCGCUAUAACACCUUUUCACAAUGUCUCUGAGAGUCAGUCGCAUCGUUGCUUGUUCAUAUUUGCUUUCUCCAUAGUUUGUCAUAACAUCUAAAAGUUUUCACAUUUUCUUCUUUUUUUUUUGCGAAAAAAAAGGUUUAUCACAACAAAAAAAGGAACUCUGAAAAAUUCCCACUUUUGCAGCCUCAUAGGUUUCCAAUUUUUUACCUUCUUGUCACCACAGAGGCCAAGGUAUAUCUUCGCUUCCACUUUCGUAGUUUCGUGAUUAUUUUUUUUCCUUCAUCUUUAUAAAGAGCUGUCUGUAAUUACAUCUAUUUAAGAAAAAGAAAAAAAGAAAUCAUUACCACUGCUGGCCCGGUGUCAAAACAGUUCUAAAUUUCAUAAACCAAGAAAUAACUUUGUAGAUAAUGUUGAUGUGUUUUUGCUAUGCCAUUUAUCCAGUUUGCAUGAAUAGUUUUGUUGAUUGUACACAGAAAGACACGAUUUACUCUCUGGGAGAAAAAAGAGAGAGAUUAAUACUCAACAUGUGAAGUUUGGCAAAUACUCCAUUUAGAUAUUUCUAUCCAAAGUAUUCUCCUCCCUCGUGGAGACUUUAUCGAAAAUCAAGAAUUCUGUGAAAGUGUCAUUCUUUAAAGAUAAAGUUGAGUUCUGGUCAUGCGAAUACAUUGUAAAAGAAACAUUGUGGAAUCGAUCAGAAAAGGUUGAUCAUGAUCAUCUACUGUAGCAUGUAAGUAUUUGUGUGUAUUGCAAAGUUCUGGAUCAUCAAAAUGAUAAGAAUUUGGCCCAGUAUUGGUAAAGUCACAAGCGCUGUACACAGAAAGAUGAAUAUGGGACUUCACAAACAUACGGCAUAACAAAAAUCCCUUCUGAUUUUCAUCAUGUUACAUAACAUGCCAUAUUAAGAAUAUGGUGGCAUUUGAAGAGCCAUGCUUUUCAGGGAACAUUCGUUGUCUCAUGUUCUUCCACACAAUUUUCGAAUUUUCUUUCACAUUGGUUCAUUUAAUAAACCUUUGUAAUUUUUCUUUUCAUCUAACUAUAAAGUUGAUGAAAAUAAGAUCAAUCAUUGCCAAUUAAAGGAGGGAAAACUGAUUGGUUUAGAAGACAUUCAGGGAAACAUAACUGUUUUAUGAUAUUUUUGUUGUGUGUGUGCGUCGGUGAGAAAGAAUAACAGCAACUGUACAUGUAAAUAAAUGUAAUUCGAUACAAAGGGUAUAUAUCUGUAAUAUCAGUUUGGGAUAUUUGUGAAAUUCACUUCUUUAAUUUUUAACAUCUAUUUUACUCUACAGUGCUGGUAUCUUAAUCAGUUGUAUUUUUGCAUCGUAAUUAAUAUAAAUUUGGACGAGUUUUAUUUUUGUUGGGCCCAAUAGAAAUAUUUUUCAGCCAAGUUGGGCAAGAAGGGUUCCAAUUUUCUAAAUAUUUCUUACCCAAAUUUGGACAGGUAAUUCAAACAUUGUAGCACACUUCACAGAUGAAUAAUAUUUUAUUUAAAAAGAAAAAACAAUAUUAAAUCUUGUACAUUGCUUCUUAUCGUUGAUGAUAUUGUUGUAUAUUUCAGCUUAAAAUACAUCAAGAUACAUACUUUGAAAAUGUUCUGUUUCAAUUUCAUAAUCAUUUUUUUGUAUAUUUUUGCUCUACUCGUUCAUGUACCAAGACAAAUAUUUGAAAAAGGCACUAAUUUGUUUAACUAAACUUGUUUAUUUCUAUUUUCAUUACCAAGAACUGGCCACCAUAACACAGAGGUUUGCAAUCACUUAGAAAUUUGAAACAAUGACUCUGAUUGGUUAAUGGUCAGCCUUUUGAAUAAUAUGUAAAUGCAACAAUGAUCUUGAUUGGCCGUUGCCAAUUUGCGAUUGAUUGCAAACCUUUGUGUUACAGAUCAAGCAUACAGGUUAGUAGUCUUGUAUCAGGACCCUGAGGAGAAACCAUCUAAGGUCUGCAUUGGUAGACUAUGAGUAUUAAAGUCAUUAAUUUAUAGCUGAGAAUUUUGAGGGAACGCCAUGUGAACUUUGUGAGCCAAAUAAGUCUAGUCUGUGUUUUUGUACACAAGAUAAACACAGGAGGUGGUGUUUUAUAGCAGGAUAACUGUAAUAAAAUGAUUUCCAGAGGUUUGAUACCUAUUCAGAAA